UUAUUUCAAGAUGGCGGCAGGUUUGAAGACCAACCAUAGCAAUUCCUCUAUUCUUGAAAAAUACCCAAAUGUAUCCGAAAGUAGGCGAAGCCGGACCGAUCCCCAAUCCUUGGAAGUUGGUUGGACAAUCAGGCUACCUUGGACAGAGCCAGAGAAUUGAGCCAAAUUGAGCAAGAAGACAUUGGGAGCAUAACAAAUGAGGUGAGGUAAGGUAAGUGAGCAGUCCAGUAUAUAAGACGCCCGGGCCCGGCUCAAAGCAUCGUUGUUCGCUCUCAGUACAACUGUCAUCAUCAUCAACAUGAACUCUCUUACUGUUGUAACCCUCCUCGCCUUGGUGAGCUGCGCCUUCGCCAGUGUCCUUCCGAUCGCUACCAU